AUGAGAUGUGACCUUUACGCUGUCACAUUGUCGAUAAUGGCCGGAGUGACGGCAUCGCCGAUCUCCGACCUAAUCGAACGUACAAUAGUUGACGAGAAUUCCAUAUUGUCCAUACCUUCACCAGCCGGUGCUCAUGAGAUGCUGGACAUCGUCGAGCGGAGGACAUCAUUUUCAAAAGGCGGAGACGACAAAGGUGAGAACGGAUUCCACUUGUUCUUAUUUGAGCACAUGGUGUAUUUUAUUGUCGCCUUUAUGAUCAGAAGGUUUGGUCGGCGAAACGGUAGCAGAGAAAUAACGCAACACGCUGUUUUAUGA